AUGAGGCUCCCAUACGUAUCUGUCGCCAUAUUCUCCCUUCUCUCGUUCUGCCCGGGCCGUGCCGCGCCUGCGCCAAUCACCGGGACGGCAGUCCAAGCCCGACAAAAUCCAAACCCCGUGAAUCUACUCUUAGCCUUGAUCACACAGCUGUUUCCACUCAACGUCUUGGUGCAGGAUCUGGGAAGUCUCGUCGAGGAUGCCGAGACCGUCUUCGCGGACCUCGCAGGCUUUGACACGAGCCAAGACGAUCUGACGGCGGGCCGGUGCGGCGAUGUCGUCAUCGUCUUUGCCCGCGGCACCUCGGAGCCGGGCAAUGUGGGAUCUCUGGUGGGCCCGCCGUUCUUUAACGAGAUGCGGGAGAGGCUGUCGACCCAGGGAAAGUCGCUCGCCGUGCAGGGCGUCGAUGACUAUGUGGCCGAUGUGGAAGGGUUUUUGCAGGGCGGAGACACCAAAGGCAGUCAGAGAAUGGCGGACUUGAUAACACAAGCUCAGACGCAAUGUCCAUCUUCCAAGGUCAUUAUGUCCGGUUACUCACAGGGUGGACAACUCGUCCAUAAUGCUGCCAAGUUGUUACCGCAGUCAACAAUGAGUGAUUUGAGCUCAAUCGUCAUAUUUGGAGAUCCAUUCAAUGGCUUCCCGAUUCAGGGAGCAGAUGCUAACAAAGUGUUGACCAUAUGUCACGUCGCGGAUAACAUUUGUGACCAUGGGGAUUGGAUACACAUGCCACACUUGACGUAUCUUAUUGAUGCAGGAACGGCAACAGACUUUGCGUUGGAAAGAAUGUGA